ACAAUCAAAUUUUUUAUCUUUGGCUGUGGAAAAAAUUCAAAACAGAGAUCCAAAAUGUUCCGGCUUUUGAGGCAACCGACGCAGCAGGUCGCAAAAGGCGGACUAAUGUGCUUGCAGCCGGCUACGGCGCUGAGAGCUCCAGUGCGGAGCUUCGGGGAUGACGAUUGCAAGCCGGACGUCUGUGUGGAUAAGCCGGUGGAAACCAGGUGCGGACCCCCAUCCCUGCGGAAGCCGUGUGGGAUCACGCCGGAAAAGAAGGAGGAGCCGAAGGAUCUUCCCAAGCCGCCCAAGCCCUUUAAGUCGAUGUGGGAUAUUGAGGGCUGCCCACCGAUUGUCUGCCUGCUUCCUGCCCGAUACGACAUCAAGUACUAUCGAGUAUCGGACAAGGAAAAACGCAAGUACCAGGUCACCUGGAACGACUGCCCCCGCAUGGUGGUGAAGCCCAGGAAGGUCUGUCUCUACGAGACGAUGGUCCGCCCGAAGCCCUGUCGGCGCAAGCGCAAGGUGAAUCCCAAGGACGGUGCACCCCCGAUGCAGAACCCCAUGGAAUGCAUCAAGAAGGCGGACAGCAACUGCCGCCGAAUUACGAUGCCCUGCUGCAAGCCAGCCCGCAUUCCGCCCACAUGCAAGGCCGCAUUCAAGGGGCUGUCCGGCUGCAAGAAGCGAAAUGCUCCGUACCCCAGCUUCUCCGAGUGCAAGAAGGGCGAUCUGCUUGAACUACCUCCCACCGAGUGCAAAUGCCUCGAGUCCUUCGCCAUGUGCGAGGCCUGGGCCGUUCUGAGGCGUCGCCUAGCCCUUGGUAAAGGACCUGCUAAGAAGUGCGGGGAGGCCUAACCACUGAGGAGAGGAGUGUGGCUUGAGACUGGGACAACUUUUUCGAACUAUAACUGAAAUAAAUACAAACUCAGCCUCA